GUCAGAGUGACUAAGUGAAUCAUUUUUUUUACUCCCUUUCUAACUACUAGAUAACACAUUCAUAACCUCAGCUUGAUCUUGUUAACUUGACAUUGUCUCGCUCUGAUUACUCCUCACUUUUGAGAACGGUCCCUAAACUAACAAAUCUAAUUAAAUUAAGCAGUUUGCUAAUCCUGCAUGGAAUUUACACAGAGAAACAAGCCUUGAUCCAAACACAGAGAAGGGGAAAGACUUGAAUAGAGCCCUGCAUGGUACACAAAGCCAGAAUGCAUCACUUCUCGAGUACACACUUGGAACAUGGAGGCCCAAAGAUGAGUUGGAUAUCGGCUGUAUUUAUGGGACACUGUAUGCUCGCCUUUGCAGCCUUCAUAGAGACGACGCAGCCUACAGAACCUGGUGUGACUGGAAAGCUUUUAGUGAUUCCCAUGGACGGGAGCCACUGGACUGGCGUGAAGGCUGUAGCUGAGGAGAUGGGCCGCAGGGGUCACAAAGUAACGGUGGUCAUCCCAGAGGUCAGUGUACGGCUAGGACCCGGUAAACACUACACUGUCAGAACAUUUCCUGUUCCAUAUGGACAGGAACAACUGGAAGAGCUCCAGGCUCGGAAUGCCAAGGUGAUGGAGAGUAAACAACUCCCUCUGAUUGAGAAAAUCAGCACCAGAAUCAGUAACAUGAGGAAAUUUGUGGACCUCCAAAGGACCACCGCUGAGAGCCUCCUGUUCAACCAAGAGCUUGUGGAAUUCCUGAAGAAGCAGAAAUUUGAUGCUGUCCUCACCAGCCCAGCCGUGCCAACUGGUGCCAUACUGGCUUAUAACCUCUCCCUACCAGCUAUCUAUAUGCUUCGAGGCUUACCCUGCGGACUGGACUCGGCCGCCACAGCCUGCCCGGACCCUCCUUCUUACGUUCCCCGGUUCUUCACGCGAAACUCCCACCGUAUGUCUUUCCAUCAACGUGUGCUGAAUGUUCUGGUGAGCGUCCUGGAGCCUUUGCUCUGCAGAGUGAUAUACUGGUCAACUGAGGAUGUGGCAUCCCGUUUCCUGCAGAGAGAUGUGAGGGUGGCGGAGAUCCUGAGCACUGGAGCUUUGUGGCUGCUGCGCUACGAUUUCAGCCUGGAGUUUGCGAAACCCUUGAUGCCCAACAUGGUUCUAAUUGGAGGGAUUAACUGUGCCGUAAAAAGCACUCUAACUGAGGAAGUUGAACACUUUGUGGAGGGCUCAGGAGAGCAUGGCAUUGUGGUGUUCAGUCUGGGAUCUCUGGUCUCCUCCAUGCCAAAAGAGAAAGCUGCUAUCUUCUUCAAGGCCUUCGGUAUGAUCCCACAGAGGGUUUUAUGGCGGUAUACGGGGGAGAUGCCUCAGAAUGUCCCUGAAAAUGUCAAAUUGAUGAAGUGGCUUCCACAGAAUGACUUGCUUGGUCACCCUAAAGCCCGGGCCUUCAUCACUCAUGGUGGAACGCAUGGAAUCUAUGAAGGGAUCUGUCAUGGCGUUCCCAUGGUUAUGCUUCCACUCUUUGGCGACCAAGGUGACAACGUGCACCGUGUGGCAACUAGAGGGGUGGGAGUGAUCCUCAGCAUCUUUGACAUCACAGCAGAAGAACUGGUCAACGCUCUCAACACAGUUAUUAACGACAGCAGCUAUAAGGAAAGAAUGGAGAAGCUUUCUGCCAUACACAAUGACCGUCCCAUGAAGCCUCUUGAACUAGCAGUCUAUUGGACAGAGUUUGUUAUGAGACACAAGGGGGCAGACCACCUGAGACCUGCUGCCCAUGACCUAAACUGGUUUCAGUACCACAGUCUGGAUGUGAUCGGCUUCCUGCUUUGUGUUGUGCUGAUUGUAACUCUAGCGAUGUUGAAAUGCUGUGCACUGUGCUGGAGAAGGUGCUGCCGAAAAACGCAGAAGAGGAAGGCGGACUGACCGCAUAUAGAGAGAGAAGUUGGCAUAGCUUACAAACGUUUCCAAGUCGUUUUGUCUACCAUGUCUUCAUUUCAGAUUUACAAUCUCAUAGUCAUGAUAAGCAACCUGACACUGAACCAGAAACAUACUAUAUGCAAGUACGUAAAUGCAGGCGCUCAUAGCUACGCAUGCUCAACUUAUUGUGUCAUACCGCAAGGACGUGUUGCAAUCUCAAUGUUGCCACAAGGGGUGCUAUUGAGUCAAUGGUCCACUUUUAAGGUGAGUUUUCUCUUCCAAGUCAGCAACUGUCAUGGCGGAGCGACAUUUAAAGUCAAUAUAUUUAUAGCAACUUUUAUUUCAUAGGCUAGGGAACUCAAUCGCUCCCCUUGAGUACUUAGGUUUGUUACCGCCACAGUAACACAAGGAUGCACGUUAAGCAUAUUCAACUGAACCGCGCAUUGGCAAUGUGUUGGGUAAGCGCUCGCAUUUGCUUACACUUUUGUAAAGUCUGUUUCUGGCCUAAAGCUGUAUAAUAACUUGUAACAGAUGUUAAAAAUUGACUGUGAACUGAAUCAAUUAAUAAAAUAGUACAAUGUG